AUGGACCGGGCCCGCCGUCGCUUCCGGUGCAUUGUGGCCGCCUGCGGGGGGCGGGACGCCCGCCUUGUUCGCAGGCUUUUCCCUCUCAUCGGCCGUUUUUCGCCGCCGGUUGACAAUCUGCAGCUCUUCAACCUGACGCCCAUUAUGAGAAAGCCCGGCCUCGUGGGGCGGCAGAUGCUGCGCCCGGAGCCGGUCUGUCCUGGGGUCUGCUCGCCUUCACAAAGCGCCGCGGGCGGCAGCACCUUGCGCAACGGCCCGCGGCUCAGGUUGCCGGAUUCCCCGUGUAACGUUACUCGUCGGCCACAGUCGGACCGAAGCAGUAACGCCACAAAGGAGGAUGUGCGCAAGCGUAACGCUGGCCAUGGCAUUGUUGGCCAGGAGGUCCCAUGCGGGGAAGUUCGGCCGCUAAGUGCAAGUCUUAUUUCAUUCGACACCACAUUGGGCGACUUGCACGUUGGUGAUGAGGAUGAAAUGAUGAUGAGGACAACACAACACCCGGUCCUCGAGCAGAGAACAUCUCCAACCCGGCCGGGAAUAGAAUCCAGCCCCGCCCGCAUGGAAGGCGAGCAUUUUACUAUGCAGCCAAGCAGACUAUCUGAUGAUGGGUAUCUUUCGAAGUGCGUCAAAUAA